CGCGCACUGAUUGGAGAUUACCCCAAGGGCCCAAGUGAUCUAUAAAUUGGGCAAAGGUUUGGACUGUGUCUCAAGCUCUGGCAGAGAGCCACGAUGCUCUCCAAUACCUCUGUUCCUUUGUCCGUAGACUUUGACAGUCCAGAAGAUUUUUUCGUCUUCACUUUCCAUAUACUGUUUGCAACAAGCUCGGUCCUUGUUGCCGGUUCGGUUGUCAUUGCAAUAUUCAGCACAAAAGUGCUCCGAGCACAGAAUCGCUUCGUUUUCAUGUUAAAUACGAGCAUCGGCGACACCUUCACGGGGCUGUCUGUUUAUUACCUCGGUCUCUUCGAUGUCCAAGAGGGUUACCCUUCAAGAAACGGAACAUAUUAUAUUUUGCCCUCGUUUCUAGGGGUCAACAUGUUAACAUUCCUCUUUGCUCAGUUUGACCGUUACUUUGCCGUGUGCCAUCCUUUCUUUUACAAACGCUAUAUCACUCGAUCUUUUGUAAUUGCAAUCUGUUGUCUUUGCUGGAUUUACACUUAUACUAUUGUGGCGGCACAGAACCUGGUACCAAUCUCAAAAGCGGCUGAAAUAAAUGCUUUUGGUGUCAUGACUCUUCAGAUCAUAGUCCUCACGAAAGUUGCGAUGACUAUUAAGUUAUAUGUUAUAGCAAAGCACCAGUUAGCGCGGGAAGCGCCAAGCGCUGACAGAGAUAGCAAGCGGGAAUCGUUACGCAUCAUUGUUUUUGUUGUAAUAUGUUUCCUGUCAUUGUGGGGCCCGUCUUUCGUCAAUAUUAUUGUAAGACAGCUUACUAGAAGGGGACUACGGUUUAGAAACGAAGCUACAAACUUGUUUGCAAUUAUGGCACGUAUGAAUGCAUUGGUGACUCCUGCGCUGUACAUCUGGGGCAGCCCAGCAUUGCGAGAGGCAGUCUGGGGAACUGUGUGGCGAAGAGUUUGUCCGAAACGGAGAAUUGGAAUGAAACUCAAUGGAAUGAAUCACAAUGGGAUUACGCACACAAACAGAGCAAUGCAUUUAAAUGUAUGAAUCGACACAUUCUGGUCUCGGUCAAUGAAUUGUGGAAUUACUUCCACAAGCUUUUUCCUAUGUGUGGAAAUACAUAAUUGUAUAAAGCUAGGCCUAUACAAAUUAAUAUAUUAACUUUGUAUAUGCAGUUGUUAUUAAGAGCAAAUAUUGAAUAAAACACGUAUGACUAUUCAUGUUGAAAUGAUUUUAAUUGGCAAAAUAAUCAGUCUGAGAUACGAAGGAUCGAUGCUUCAAAUAAUGUCUGAAACCAUGGGCUAAUAGGACUAAUUGAAAAGUUUCAGUAUGGCUAUUUAUAUUUUAAAUGU